CAGUUCUUUCUCACCUUUCUCCCAAAUGGAAGAUAUAAGAGAUUCAGUUGCAGUGCCACGGAUUGUGAGGAUGGUUAUCAAGUUUCAUCCAUUAUUGACAGUAACCAAUCUUAUUUAUAGGGUAAUACUUUUGCAAGAUUGGAUUGAAGAGGAGGUGAGAAAUCAAUGGAAAGCCCUCAAGGUGUAUUUCCAAUCAACAAUGAGAUCUUUGCUAGAUCCUAUUAUUGAGAAGAUGAAGAAUCUAUCGGAAGCCCUUGAGAUGCAUCUCCACAACGAGGUGGCAAAGGGUCAGCUAAAGGCCAAACUGCACUUCUUGUUGCAAAAUUUUACGAUAAUUCCUUGAGGGGCCUCAGUGCUAUGUUGUGCAUCUCAGUUUUUCUUCUAUGUGUACUAGUGGUAUUACGACCGCAAACAGAUCUGGGGUUGUUUAGUUUUAUCAUUGGAGUCAUUGGAUCUAUUACUUACAACUGCUAUGAGUUGAAGUUUCCCACAUGGAUAGUUGCUUCCAUCUGUUUUGUAUUGUUCAGUUUCAAGAGCUGGUUAAAUAAGUACUGGUUGGAUUU